AUGACACAAUGAUUCUUUGAGUUAUCACGUGAUGUGAAGUGGUGCAAACAAGGUGCAAACAGGACACUCAUUCAGCUUAAUUGUUUUCCUGCCUAAGCGAAUCUCGUCUCCGCUGUGGGGAGCGUUUCGCUCUACAGAACACGGCUUUAAUUUGAAACCAUCGAUUGUUUAUGACUUUGGCCGAUUUUUUUUCAUUUCAUUUGUGGAGUUCAGUUUUCAGAUUUUGCCGCAACAAGGGAAAAAGCAAUCGAGGGGGAGAAUUUCGUUGAACUGUUUUUUUUAAGGGUGUUAAUGAAAACUGUUCGUGAGGGAAGUCAUUUGAAGCCAAAAUGAAUGAAAGCACAAAGCACAGAAUGGACCAGCUUUUUCUGUCGCUCAAAGACAGAGAGCGAUGGUUGGUUGGAAUCGAGUCCGCGGCCUAUCUCGCGGUGAUAUUGACCGCACUUCUGGGAAAUAUUGUGUUAACCUUAGCCAUCUACAAAACAGGGACACUCCGAAAUAGUCAAAAUUACUUUUUGGUGUCGCUUGCCGCUACAGAUAUCCUUAAUGCUGUUUCAUGUAUGCCAUUAACUCUUGCGGCCCUGAUUACAGGGAAAUGGCCAUUUGAAGACUUUGUCUGCCAACUACAGGGAUCUUUUUGGACGAUUUGUACUGGAGUAUCACUGUUGACAUUGGGUUUGGUUGCUUUCAAUCGUUAUGUUAAAAUCGUCCGCUCUGCAAGUCUUUACCAAAAAAUUUUCACUCGACGAAAUGUUUGGAUUUCCAUUGCUAUCUCUUGGAUCAGCUCUGUGUUCUUGUCGUCUUCCGUAUUUCUUGUUGAUAAAACAGCAUUUUCUUUCCACCCUGGAAAGAGUUUGUGUUUCUUUAAACAUCUCAAUGUCACAAACCGGUUAGGCAUUUAUAUCACCAUUCUCUAUGUCAUUUUAACCUCCGUUGCAUUUUCAAUGAUCUUUUUUUGUUACUUCAAAGUGCUUCGAAAAAUCCGCGCACAUUAUGCCCAAGUUAGAAACUCUUCUCUUCAAAACAGAGAAUGUGCAGCUUUUGCGGAGGAAAUUAGAAUUACCACCAUGCUUUUUGUCACUCUUUUAGCAAUAUGUAUCAGUUGGAGUCCUUCUGUAAUUAUUGAUUUCUAUGAACUGUUUGGUAAUGGCCAGUUCAUGUUUAAACGACAACUUUAUUUGCUAAACGUUUUUACUUUUCAAAGUAGUAGCGCUGUGAAUCCUUUCAUAUACAGACUGAUGAAUAGGGAGUUCAGAGAAGGAUACAGGCGUGUUCUUUACUGCAGAGACGUAUAGUAAGUUAGCGUUCCUCAAGCUGUUUCAGUUUUCCAAGAUAUUUGUGAGCAAUAUGCUGCCAUCUUGACCGAGCAAGUUAGUUCAAUAAAGGAUUCAUUAGAAGGCUAAAAAAUUAUAAAUUGAA